AUGGCUUCUUUACAAGCAACCGCGGACUCCAUUCGGAGCGCUGUUGGCUCAGCAUCAACAUGUACACCAGCGACAGUGUCAAUACUCAGCAAGCUUUUGUUACCGAGAACAGAUAUCCAGACAACAACCGGAAAGAAACCAGUAAAAUCUGCUACAGCUUCCAAGGCAAAAUCCACCAAGGCAGCCCCGACCAAGUCAAGGACGAAAAAGGUGGUGGUGGUAGAGGAGGAGGGUCGCAAAGAUGAGGAGGAGCUGUCGCCAAAGGAAAGGUCCAUACUGGCUACAGAAGUCAUAAACACCACUUUGAAGUCACUCAGUGAGGCCAUCAAGGCGCCUUCGACAGUUCCAGCCCGACGACAAGCAUCCUCCAAAGAUUUGGUCAAGUCAUCAGCAAGAAAAGUCCUUCGACGAUCAAACUCCUUACCCCAGUCGCCAUUGCAGCCACGCUCCCUUAACCGUGUAACAAGCUACCAGGAUAUGUCGAGUAGGCAUAGUCGGUCAUCUUCUUCAGCGUCCUCAACACUCUCAGGCCACAGAUCUGUUGCAGAAUGCGCCAGGGUUGCUUUUGCAUGUCUUCGGAAUUUGCAAGCUGCUCAAGUACCUGGGGUGGACCUGCCCCCAUUUCAGCUUGAGAACGGAAUGUCAGUUUUGGUUGGAAAGAUGGUGGCAUUGGGUUUGGAGGAUUUGGCCGUGAAGGAGUUGAGAAUACUGAAACGACGAUUGUAUCCUGGAGAUGGGCAAAAGAAAGGUCCUGCAGCCAAAUCGAAUGUGGCCGCUUCUUCACAGACCUUGGCUGAGCUAUUGGAUUUCGGGACUGCGAAUUUUACGGGAUCAAAGUUGGGGCUGGUCAUUACUUCUCAGCUACAGACUCUACGACUUAUGACUUCUUGCCGGAAACCUAAGGCUAUUGAAGAUGGACUUCCCAUUUUGCAACCCGAGCACGCCUCGUCGCCGACAAGACUUCUCCUUGAAGCUGCGAAGGAUCGUGGGAACGCAAAGUAUACCGACAAAAUAAUCAGACAGAUGCAAACGCUCUCGGAAAUCCUACUAUCGUUAUGCCCAAGCAUUUCCCAGGCUGAUGAUGCUCUUGCGUUGGAGACGAGACUUAGUAUUUCCCCCGAAGUAGCGAUCCAGCUGCAGACGUUGGCACUACAUAAUCGCUUCCUGUGGUGGGGUCUUGCAGGCCAUAAGGGCGACGAGGGCAAAGAGAUUCUGGAUCCAUAUUAUCGAUGUCUUUCCACUUUCGCCCGUCGCAGCCAAAGUGGUGCCAUGAGGACAUACCAGGUAGCUGGCUUAGCGAUGACUCAAAUCAGCACUUUACUGUAUGAUUGUACCGAUGUUCGACCGCCUUCGCCAAGACCGAUAUUGUCAGCAAUAUUCCGACUUUUGGGUUCUCUAGCACGAGAGGCGAACUCUGUCCAAAACGCAAUAAACUGGACGAUGGAGUGGCGGAGGAUGCUUGACCCCAAGGUUGAUUCGGACGCUAAACGAUGUUCUGCUCUCGCGAGACUAGUCUCACUGAAACUUCGAAGUUCAUCUGGGGAUCCGGAGGAAGAGGAACUCCUACUUUCGCUACUUGAAGAGCUGGAUCGGCCGUUCAAGGGGGGGUCUCAAGAGAUUGACGACUUGAUGACAGAGAUCUCUGGCGUGAGACGAUCGGCCAUCUCCCUUCUUGCUCAGCAUAAAGGAUCAUCCGGUCUAGAUUCCCGUGACGACUUAUCUCGGGGAAUGCGUGAAAUGUGCGAGACUUUGGUUUUCCUGUUACCACGCAUAUGUCUGAGGUACAUGGGUAACCCGCCAGACACCAAAUCAUCAACCAAAGACAUCCUUCGCUACGAGCAGCGCCGGCAUUUCAUUACUAAGUUGGCCAUUCAUGCUAUUGACUCUUCACUGUUUUUAGUCAAAAUGCUUCUUGGAAGUGGUCGAGCUACUUGGGACCUGGUAGACUCCAAACUUCAAGACUGUCUCUUGCUAAGUGAUCGCCUUGAUACUGAAUCUCGAGAUGUACAUAGGCAGGAAGGAGAAUCGCCAGUAUCAUACCACGUCAGGAUAUCCAAUCUUUACUACACCCAGUAUCUCAACAUGAGGCGGAAUUUGGAAAAUGUGAAGGAGAGCGAUCAGAUUCGAGCGCUCCGGCGAUCGCUGGACAGCGUUCGAGCCAGACCACAGCAAGAGCGAAAGAUGGCACAGUUCUCGACGAAACUUGAGCGCAUGGCUGAAUACUGCAAGACUACCGGUCGUUAUGAUGAGCUGUUCAAAACCCUCUUGACCCUGCGGGAUGAGAUGGUGAGCGACGGAACUCUGAGUUUAGUGGUGGAAAGAGCAGCAUCUCAGCCGUUGAACGUUGCAUGGAACCAAGAUGAUGAUUCGUCUGUACUUGGUCGGACUUUGCACUCACUUGUCAAAGUUCGAUUGAAGUAUAUAAUGUCCACUGUCCAAACCCCGCUUUUCAGCGAGAAAUGGACCGAAGAGGAGAAAGGGGUGGUGCUCGAGCACCAAUUUGAGCUGUUCUCUAAUUAUCCGGUCGACCCCACUGCUUCAAGGAGUCUUCUGUCCAACAUCUUUGCCGAACUUCUCUCCAUCUACGACCAGAAGCAUUAUCCCCUCCGUAGACUCCGGAUCCUGAUUCGCCACCUAGCGCUGGGUGCAGACGACGAUGAAAACACAGCCCGAUCUUUGAAGGAUGAGCUACGUGUUCUGCACAUGGCUAAGUCAGACGGCUCCUAUAUGAAAGACGAGGGUUUACGGUCAUAUGCAAACCAUCUGAAGAUUCUGGCAGCCACGAUGUUAGAGCUUGAUGAAACGGCCCCGAACGUUGAGGUGUUGAAGGAAGGUAUCGCCACGUGGUCCUCGGUGCUUACACAAAGCCAGAAUGUGGCAGAUUUCAAGCGGCAGGUGGAAGAUAUACCUGGGCUCCUGGCACACUUGAACACCAUUGGAGAUUACUUGCAGAUGAAGGGUCUGGAUACUGUUCGGAUCUCGGUUCUUCGACUCAUUGCUGAUAUCAGCGGGCUUUGCGAUGACAACUCUACACCAGAUGACCUGGUGCUUAGCUUUACCUACCUUGGGGCCCAGUGGCUUCAGCUAGGAUACUCUGGGAAGGCUGGGCUGUCAUUUGACAAAGCUAUGUCUUACCUAUCGCGCAACGGGGUCACUCCAUUUGCUACCCUUCAAUUGCAUCUUUCCCAUUGUGAAUACCUACUAGCUAUUGGUAGCCUCGACAAAGUUGAGGAGCACUUAGCUGGAGCACAGGCUAUGUAUGCUCAAGCGAAAGACCAUAUGCCAAGGUCGAGGUCGAUCUCGCUACUGCAGCAGAGAACCAAGAUGAAUUUGAUGGUUUCCAAUGCUUACCUGGUCUACUCAAUCCUAGCACUUGAGCGAGGAGCAGCCCAUGUUGCACUGAACCAUGCGAAACAGUGUCUGCGACUCGUUCGUCGCGCCUGGACCAAUACCGAGAACCAGGUUCGAAGCGAGUCAACUGGACCGGAUUGCUCCAAAAUCGAUGUUGAGAAACUGACGGAAGAUGUAUCUCAUUUGAGCGUGUCGACCAUCACGUUGCCAAAGAAGUCUACCGGCGAGCAGACUUGUGCCGGAUCCAGUUUUUGGGCCCUGAUCACACCUCUCUUCCGCAGCCUCAACCAUCUUUCCACCCUUUUCGCUCAUCACGGAAUGUUCCAGGAGACUAUCUACUACGCAGAACAGGCAUACAAGCUUGUUAAAGGUGUUGGCUCGGAUGUAUACCUUGCUAUGGCAUCGGCGUUCUUAGGCAGCACCUGGCUGAAAGCGGGAGUUCUGGAUCGUGGCUCUGAGUAUCUAAUGGAAGCCAAGCGACUUUGCCCAGAGUUUGAAAAGAGCCGAAAUGGUGCGCUCAUUGCAUAUCACCUCGGAAAUAUGCAUGGGCUUCUUGGAGAUAGUGAGGAGCAGAUUUCAGCAUAUGGUGAAGCUGAGGAGACGAUAAAGAGUAUCGGGAUGUUUGAGUAUAUCAACAGCUUGGAGAAAGUGGCCGGUUCACCCGAUGGACCUGAUGUGUUGGCACACCAAAUGUCCGCACUGGUCCUGACAACCAAACGUAAGGUAACGUUAGCCAGAAAGGCUCCAGCUCGUGCAAAAACUGUGCCAAAGGCUGCACCGAAGCGCAAGGUGACCACUAGAGCAAAGUCGCCGAUAGAGAAGGUUUCGUCGAUAGCCGAGGAAUGUCCACAGCUUACCUCGCUCACAUCAACUAUCGUCCGGCAGAAAGCACGGGCUCUCAUGACCACGAAGAAAUCUGGUGAAGCGAUGGCCGUCUUGCAAGGGGUGGAGAUCUCUGGCCUUAACCAACACGAGGUAGUCGAUCAUGGUCUUGCAAUGGCCAAGCAAUUUCUAUUCCAGAGUCUCGAACAAAUGGCCGCGGAUCCAGUGUACUCGGUGUUGCAAGACUCCACGAUAUCAUUCCCAUCAGUGGUCGGCAUGGCAAAGAAUCUUGACAAGCAAGGAGAUAGGCUUUCUGUGACUAAGUUUUCGCCUCCUAGGAAGGCUCAAAUCCCCAGAGGUAGAGAGCAAGCUGGUUCCAAGAGCCCGGCUCCGGAUAGCUUUUUCGAUAAGUUGCAUCAAGCCCAGGAGUAUCUUACCGAGAUACAGUCUCUGGUUAUUACUUUGGCGCCCAUGUCAGUUGUCCAUACAACAUCUGCUCUGUUGAACAGCGUUGCAAUUUUGCUUUCCGCCGCUGGCCAGGUCAAAGGGAAGCCGCUUGCACACCCUGGGCUUGCAAGCUCUUCAAUUGAAAAUGCAAGAACUUUGGCUCUCCGGCGGGAACGCAGAGUCAUUCGUGGCGACCCUACGACUUUGAAACUCGAUGACUCCUCCUGGCCACAACUGCCUAGCACUGACUCGAGAAGAUCAAGUUUUGGGCCGCCUUCGGAUCUAUCUCGAUUCCAGAGAGACUACGUUGACAUCAUCCCGAAAUCCUGGACCGUCGUCUCAAUUUCUCUGAGUGAGAGCCGUCAGGAACUUUCCAUAACCAAGUUGCAAGCCGGUCACAGCCCAUUCGUUCUUCGUCUGCCACUUGGACGACACAACUCUAUGGAUGCUGACGAGGAGGUUUUUGGGUUUGAGCAGGGUCACGCCGAGCUAAGGGACAUUAUAGACAUGGCGAAUGAGAGCGCUCACGAUGCUCUGUGUAGAAAUGGCCGGGAAGCCAAGACUGCUUGGUGGGAGGAGCGAGAAGCUCUGGAUGCACGUCUCAAAGACCUGCUGGAGAAUAUCGAAAAGGUCUGGCUUGGCGGAUUUACUGGUAUUUUCUCUCAGCACACACGACGGCCAGAACUCCUUGCUCGCUUCCAAAAGUCAUUCCAAAAUAUUCUCGAUAGGCAUCUGCCGUCUCGGCGUAAGACGGGCAGGAAAGCUGCUGGGCCUCGUAUAAAUCUUGAUUCGAGAAUCCUGGAUCUGUUCAUUGGGCUGGGCGAUGCCUCGGAUGAAGAGUGUGACUUUGCCGAGCCUUUAACGGACCUUCUCUACUUCGUCGUCGAUGUCCUGCAAUUCCAUGGAGAGCUCAACGCAUACGCCGAGAUCGACUUCGACUCCAUCGUGGUUGAGAUGCAGGAUGCGUUGCGUGGCUACCACUCGGCUGUGCAUGCCUCGGGGCAGGUCGACGAGGGCAGACACACGAUCCUAAUUCUGGACAAGGCACUCCACUCCUUCCCGUGGGAAUCGAUGCCAUGCAUGGACGGCCUCGCAGUCUCUCGCCUGCCAUCCCUCGGAUGCCUACGCGACCGCAUCCUCGCCCAGCAGAAGAGCCUCGUCGAAGGUACGCCCGAAGGCCACUACAUCAGCCGCCAAAACGCCUCCUACAUCCUCAACCCUGGCGGCGACCUCAAGCACACGCAGUCCGUCUUCCAAAAGCCUCUCCAAGGCCUCGGGUGCGACGGCAUCGUCAACCGCGAGCCCUCGGAAUCCGAAGUCAAGGAGACGCUGCAGAGCAGAGAUCUGCUGCUGUAUUUCGGCCACGGCAGCGGCGCGCAGUACAUCCGCACGCGCGAGAUCCAGAAGCUGGAUCGCUGCGCCGUGACGGUCCUCAUGGGCUGCAGCAGCGGCGCGCUGGUUGAGCGAGGGGAGUUUGAGCCGCACGGGCCCCCGAUCAACUACAUGCACGCCGGGUGUCCGGCGCUGGUGGCGACGCUGUGGGAUGUUACGGAUAAGGACAUUGAUCGCUUCGCUAAGAGCGCUUUCGAGCACUGGGGCUUGUUUGAGCCGGAGGCUUCCGGUGGUGGAAGGAAGGGAAAGGGCAGAGAGAGGGAGAGGGAGAGGGAGAGGGGGAAGAAGAGGGGGGUUGAGGGGGAGGAAGGGAGAGGAGGAGGAGGAGGAGGAGGAGGCGUGAGUCUUGUGGAGGGUGUGGCGAAGGGGAGGGGGGCGUGUCAUUUGAGGUAUUUGAACGCGGCGAGUGUGUGCGUGUAUGGGGUUCCGGUGUACUUUCGGUAA